AUUAUUAGAAACAUGCAAAGUCAGUCGAGAAACAUCCAUAUUACGUCAAAAGAAUUCGAAAAUUUAAACGUAUAAUCGGUAUAAUAGAAAGCUUAAGAUCCGUGUAGUUUGCUCGUGAACGUUGUACUUGUUGCGCUUAAAAAGUAUUAUUCAUAACUCCCCCACAAGUUCUCCCUACCUACCUCAGUAACCAUAAAAUAAGAAUAAAGAUUAAAUAAGAUAAACGUCUCCAAAAUUGAACAUAUUGAAAUAUUAAAAUCGUGUUGUUUACUAUAUCAGUUUGAAUUAACCGAAAAGAAAAAGAAAAACUUGUCGAAGGAUGCAUUGUUACAUUAAGGACAUAUUAUCAUAACAUGGCGAAUGAAAGCAGAUUAUGGGUGGCCAACAUGCAAACGGACAAUAUCUAUCAACACCAACACAAAUGGUACAUAUUAAUGGUACAAAUGUAUUAUCAACGGCAGAAUAUACGCAAUAUAUACCUGAUGUGUCUGGCCAUAAUAGACAUCAUAUGAUGCAGACUGGAAGUUAUUCAUUGGAGUUAUUGCAAUUAAUGGGUGUUGAUAUUCCUUCAUUGCGGCACAUAGAUUAUGUCAGUAAUGUAGGUACUGGUUCGGGCUCAGGAAAUUGGCCAAGGCGAAUUAUACCGCCGAAUAACAAUUCCCCUUUACAACCACCCACGCAUCUAAAUUUUAGACCAUCGAAUAAUAAUUCAAUAAAGAAACAACAUUGGAGUAAUAAAACAAGUAAAAAAAGUUUAUAUAGAGAAAACUUUAUGCAUAAUGAUAAAUAUAAUAGCGACAGUGGCUUUAGUUCCCGUUCUCCAACCCCCAGUAAAUAUCAAGCUGAUAGUAGCCAGAAUGAAAGUUCAGAUGAACGGGAUUCUAUAACAUCUUCAAUUGAGCAAGGAAUCAAAAAGUUGCAUAGAGUGCAAUCAGACUAUAGUAUUGUUAAUAAUAAAAUUACAGAAGAGGGUUUUAUUCCAAGUGCUUCAGCACAUCAAUUUUAUCAAAAUCAACGACCUAUUAAUUAUUAUCCUGCUUUUUCAACUCCUAGAACAUUACAAAAUUAUCAGAAUAAAAGGAGGUAUCAAACAGAAAUCGAUGCAUUGAUUGUAGGUAAAGGUAGUCCGCCCCCUCCGAGAUCUCAACGGAGUAAAAAGUUCACAGGAGUGAUAUUACCAGGUUACAGUAUGUUUCCUAGGUACUAUACUGCUCCAGAUCGAUUUCUUGCUAGAUCUCAUCUCGUCGAAGUCAAUUAUACUCCAGCUGAUUUAAUAACUGGAAGCACGUGGGAUAAGCUUUCACAGGACAUUUGGAAGAAGUUUAUAACAAAUCAACAGACUGAAGUCGUUUAUAGAAAUAAAAUGAAUCUUUGGAAAUAUCUCUAUGUUUUAAUAAAGGGAACAUUUCCAAAAUAUGGAUUAUUUUUGGUCGGCUCUACAAUGAAUGGAUUUGGAUCUGACAAUAGUGAUGUAGAUAUGUGCUUACUAGUGAGACAUACAGAAAUGGAUCAAAGAAAUGAAGCUAUUGGGCACUUAGAUCAAAUAUUAAGAUGUCUCAAACGAUCUGAUAUUAUAACACAACUUGAACUUAUACAAGCAAAAGUUCCAAUCUUAAAGUUUCACGAUGCUAUGCAAAAUUUGGAUGUUGAUCUUAAUUGCAAUAAUGCUGUAGGAAUUCGUAAUACUCAUCUUCUUUAUUGUUAUUCCCAAAUUGACUGGAGAGUAAGACCUUUAGUUCUAAUUGUCAAAUUAUGGGCUCAAUCUCAAGAUAUAAACGACGCUAAAAAUAUGACAAUUUCUAGUUAUUCCUUAGUUUUAAUGGUCAUACAUUUUCUACAAUGUGGCGUCAAUCCUCCAGUUCUUCCUUGUUUACAUUCUUUAUACGUAGGAAAAUUUGGACCACACACAGAUAUUCAUUCCAUAGACAUUAAUGAGAAAUUAAACAUUCCGCAUUCAUGGUUUUGCCCAAAUAAUCGUCAAUCACUUGGGGAACUUCUUGUAGAAUUUUUUAGAUAUUACGUCACAUUCGAUUUCAGUCAAUAUGCUAUUUCUGUGCGUUUAGCACGUAAAGUAUUAAUCGAGAAUUGUAGGAGAGCACGAUCAUUGAAAAAUGAUCCACAUCAAUGGAAAUGUCUAUGUAUCGAAGAACCAUUUGAUUUGACAAAUACUGCUCGGUCAGUAUAUGAUCCGGAUGUAUUUGCAAGAAUCAAGCUGAUAUUUGACUGUACCUAUCAGAAACUAAAAGAAGGUUAUAAUUUAGCUAGCAUCUUUGUUAAAGUAAACCCUAUGUCAUCUUAUGUAUGACAUAAUGAUAUCCUAAAUGUUAGUGCUAUAGGCGCUAUAUAGGAUAAUCAGGUGCUUCCACAUAUUUUGCAUUAGCAAUGGUCCUCUUUUAAGCUAGAGGUAUUUUGAAUAUUUAUCACCUAACGGUGUAAACAAUGAUAUACACUGUGAUGAAAUAAUUCUGAGCUCGUCUCAGUUUAAAUGUGAUCAUAAUUGUGAUAAUAAUUUAGCAUGAAUUCAUCUUAUUUUAUUGAUAUGUGUUAGGCGUAAAACUUUUCAAAUAAUGUCCCUUUUUUUCUCCAUCUGUUGUCUGAAAUUAUUUUCUAUGCAAAUCUUAAAUUAUAUUCGUUAUACAUCUUCAAUAUCAUUUCACUCGCUAAUAUAAUCUAUCAUAAUUAUUUUGGUAAGAUAUUUGUGUGUACACUCUUGAAAUGCUUUUUUCAUUAUUAUAAGAAAAAGGGAUAUAAUAUAUAGACUGUGAAACGCUUCCUAAAAAAAACAAAACAAAAAAGUAUUAGGUAUGCGAAAUGUGAAAUGAAUAAAUAAGAUCAUUUUGAAUAUGUUUAGAAAAAUUAUAUAGCGUAUAACGAAGAGACAUGUUACUUUACGUAUAAAUCUUUAGCGUCAUUAUAUGAAGCUCUGUGGUGCCUUGUGUUUAUCACUUUUUUUUUUUUAUAAAUAAGAUCUUGUGUGGUGCCAAAUCUAUUCGGCAGUUUCAUUAAAAUUUGUAGUAGACAAAUUUACGCAAGUAUGGACAAGACUUACUCUGCGCGUGUGUUCUAAUGUCGUUGGCAUUAAUCUACAUUUAGAAUGAAAUAUUCUCGAAAUUAGUAAUUUAGAAAAAUUAAGAACUAAAGUAAUAUAUUUCAAAUGAUAAUGAUAGUUAAUGUUUAUGCAUUCUGCAGAGAAAGUUCUACAUAUAUAAAAGUAAAGUGACACUGUAACGAAAUUGUGUUAUUAAGCAGAAUAAUAUUGAAAGGAAAGAAAAAAAGGAAAAAAAAUGAAGAAAGAAAGACUUUAAAAAAAAAACCAAAAAAGAACAAAACAAAAAAUUGUACUUACUCAUUAAUAUAAAACGUUACUGCCUACGAUACAAAGUGCACUAGUGUAGGAAGUAACAAUAGUUAUAAAGUAUUAAUUAUUUUGAAACUAUAUUAUAACAAAAUAAAACCAAAAAAAUCAACAAAAGGGGAUAAAAAACAAAAGAAAAAAAAUAUUUUUAAAGAGAAAAAAAUAUUUUGGAAAUUAUAAAAAAAAUAAAACAUGUAGGAAAUUAAAUUGCGUUUAUUAUGUUUAAGUUCAUCGCAUUUUGUUAAAGUUAAGUUUAAUGAGUACAACAUAAUAGUGAUGAGAUAUAACAUAUUUUUUAUAUCUAUAUAAUGGAAUUACAAGUACCUAUUUGGGUUAAUGUGUGGUGGUAUUAUGAAAGAAAACAAUCAUACUCUUCUUUAUUAUGGUGUAUGCAUUAAUGACUUCAACAAUUGCAUAAGAUUUAAUUAACUUUCUCUCGUUAAUUUGCUUCUAUUAUAUCUGAUUAGGUUUUAUUUUUCUUUUUUCUUAUCUAAUUGAAUUUUUAAUUGGUGUCUAAAACUCAAUAUACAUUCUAUAAUAAUUUCAAAAUGUCGAAUAACAAGAUCUAAUCAGAUAUGUGCGGUGGUACAAAUAUUAUAUCAAAUAUUUUCAAUAAUUAUUCAUAUAUAUAUAUAUACACACACACACACACACACACACACACAUACAAUGACACACAUACACACACACAAAUUCCUAUAUACGGAUAAGAUGGAUAAAUUUCAAGGCACCUAUGUUAAUUAUAUCCAUUGUAUAAAGUCUAUUCGUAUGUUGAUAUAAGCAUAUCGUAGCUUAAAUUAUUGCAUCUUCUAAGACGAGGAGUUGCAACGAAAUAUUCUAGUCUUACACCCGAUUAGUUCGUCUUUAUUUAAAUUAAAUCAAUGAUAAUAUAUUAAACAAAUUAUUAAAAAAUUAAAUUUAAAUUGUACAAAAUCUUUCAUAACAAUUAUAACAAUGAAUAUCUUUAUUAUUAUAUCAAGUCUAUUUAAACUAUUUAAACAUAAAUUCUGGUCAAA